AUGACGGUUCGAAUGAUGAUCGCAAAUCUCAUAUACAUUGAAGGCUGCAAGCUUGGGAUAUGCGAGGUACAUCCAGAGGCUUCGACCAUUCCAUGCCGAGGAGCACUGAAUCAAAGGGAGAUCGUGGUUGGUGAAGGCGCCCGGGAAGAGAAACAGUGGGGUGUCGUCCACGAGUUGGCGUUCACCAGUGACGGCGAUAUUCUAAAGAAAGAUUUCUCAAGCUUUGAUCUGUUCACUAUGCAGCGAUGCGAAGACGCGUGGGAUACAUUCAAGGCCUGGAGGCGUGCUGCUGAAGCCGAAGCUGAGCAGUCUCCACUGAUGCCUGGUAUGAAACUCGAAGUGGAAUGGAAUGGCGUCGAGAAUCGUCACACGCUCUGGCGCGCACAGGAGGAUGAAUACCAUCGCGCGAUUCCGGAAGACUCUGCACGCAUUGCAUCGCGCUAUAUGAGGCCGAAAGAUCAAUCAGUGCAAGACUUAGUGAAUGCGAGCUUGAAGACGGGCAAGCUUUGGUUCGAGAUUGUGGAAGCCAAGAGGACGGGCCCAAGGAAGUAUUCGCAAAUCUUCUUCGGGAAAAUAUGCGGCAGGGGCCCAUUGCUGUGCCUCAAGCUUUUUGACGAGCGUUAUGUUCCCUAUCCCGAAGAUCCUAAGGACCCACACGCGCCGAUUGUGAAGUGGUACCUGCCUGCCAGUGAACGUCUAUUAAACCUCAAUUUCGCUGCUGACAUGAUCCGCCGAGAGGAAUCUGUCUAUGACAGGCUUAAGCAUUUCCAGGGCUCCUUGAUUCCACACUGUUAUGGAUUUCACGUCUUCAUUUUGCCGGGUGGCUGGAGGUUCCCCGGCUUCUUCACUGAAGUUAUCGACGCGCCUUCGUUCGGGCAAUGUCGAGUUCAGGAGUGGCCAAAGGAGGACCAAUGCGACUUCGUUACCCGUUUGCGCCACUGCGUGCGAGUGCUCAAGUUUGCUGGAAUCGAGCAGACUGAUUGGCACGGGGGUCAGAUAUUAUGUCCACUCAGUCCGAUUGAGAUGGCUCGCCCUGAGAGCAGAGAGAUCGUUUUCAUAGACUUUGCGUUUGCAAGGCAGCGUCUCGGCGAGCACAAGGGGAAGCCGAUUACACACGAUGAAGCAUUGCUCAAAUUAAUGCUGCGUGGCUACAAGCUUGACUCAGAUGUUAUCAACGAGUGCUGGUUCGAGCCUGCAGAUGAAGAGUACUAA